AAGAAAACGCGUUUGGCUAAAUAAGUCUAGUGUUGGGCACCAAAGAACGUUGGAUCUUGGAAGGUCGAUUUGGGAAGCUUAAUCCAUUGCUUGGAGCUAACGAUCAACUUAAAACUUGUGUCAUACGCGCGUGGUAUAAACAGAAAACCUGGACUGCAUUGUUGACUAACUUCACUUUUGGAAAAGCACGUGUGUGUGGAUACAAAGUGUGAUGCAGCCAUGAAAAAAGGGCUCCACCGGUUGCAUAGCAUCCCCGGAGAAUAUACGACAAUUUGAACAUUUACAUUCAUGCUUCAUUAGGAUGAGCAAGGGACCACGUUCAAGUACUUCUAUGUAUUCGAGGUUCUGGUUGGUAAUUGUAUUUCUGACUUCUCGCAUUCGUACAAAUAAAGUUAAUGGCAAGUGUCACACAGCGGAAUACUCUGUGAGAGGAAUGUACCUCCGUGGUCACACGUUUAAAAACGUCGAAGUGAAAUUACAUGAGACGUGCUACUUCAAGUGCACGGAAGAAGUCACAUGUCAGAGCUACAACUUCGUCAUUGGUCUUAACAUAUGUGAGCUAAACAAUCGUACAAAGGAAGCAAGACCAGAAGAUUUUUUGCCAGAUGAGAUGAGAUACUACAUGAAGCGUCUUACUAACAGAGUACCCCUAGGAUCUACCGCCGAGCUUCCAGCUGAAUCGUGCACAGAGGUUAAAGCAAGUGAAGGAAAUGAUGUGGAAAAUAGGAAACACUGGAUAUACUCUGAUGAGAAAAGUUUGCCAAUAGAGGCUCUUUGUGAAGGUAGCUGGCAGAAGGUAAAUGGUGAAGAUUCUAUCUGCUUUGGAGCGAGAGAUAACCAGUAUGGUUCCGUGACAAUCCCCAAAAGUGGACGUCUCCGAGCCAUGAAGCUCAUCCGCAAAUCAGGAUCGUUACGCUGCAAUCGCGUAACUGGCUCAUCGUUCUGGGGUUGCACUUACUGUGCAUAUAAUGGAACACUCUCGACAAUUAUAACAGAUGCUGAUAAAAACGCCGUCCUACCUCCUGAUGAAGACCUAGAAGGGUUUGAUGUCUCACAAUCUCACGAAUGUGGCACCGAAAAACACUUUUACAGUCUCGAUGGGACCAGCCACAAUUCUACUGUACUGGUUUUUCGCAACCUUUCGAAUCCGUUGUCUGUGUCACGCGAUCAAGAGUUGCAGAUAUGGUACGGGCAAGAUCUGAAAGACUGUUCGGAAAGUGGGAACAGUGGUGAAACUUGUGUUGAUGUGUUUGCAUGGUAUGAGUAAGAGAACCGUCACUCAGAAAAAAUUUCAAUCGAAUACCAAAA